AUGGUAACUCCCCAAAAAGGACGAAUACUUAUUGAAGACGAAAGAGGAAAUAUUUAUAAUUUACAUAAGGAUAUUAAUUUGAAACACUGGCGAGAAAAUAAUGUGGCUUAUUGUGCUCAUGAUACUCUAAUUGAGGAAGGUUCUACUGGACAAAAACAAUUGGCGAAUAUUAAUCAGGUUUUGGAGCAAAAAAAGCAGGCUCAAAUCUUUCUUUUUGACGAAGCCGAUAAUGCUUUGGACCAAGAUAACCAGGAAAAGUUUCAAGAAAGGAUUAAAGAAUUAGCCAAAAACAAGUUAGUUGUUUAUAUUAAGCAUUAG